AUGGCCAAGCACCACCCCGAUCUAAUCAUGUGCCGGAAGCAACCCGGGAUCGCGAUCGGUCGGCUGUGCGAGAAGUGCGACGGGAAGUGUGUGAUCUGCGACUCAUAUGUGAGGCCGUGCACGCUGGUCCGGGUCUGCGACGAGUGCAACUACGGGUCGUUCCAGGGCCGGUGCGUCAUCUGCGGGGGCGUUGGGAUCUCUGAUGCUUACUACUGCAAGGAGUGCACCCAACAGGAGAAGGACCGGGACGGCUGCCCAAAGAUUGUCAAUCUGGGCAGCGCGAAGACGGAUCUCUUCUAUGAACGCAAAAGUAUGGGUUCAAGAAGAGAUGAUGGGCAUCCAUAA